CAUUUGUUGAAGAAAUUUCGUAAUGUCGAUCAUGCCUCAUCGGCAACCGGCUAUCCUUGUUUAAAUCAAUGCUCUUUUUGGUCUUCUAUUUGAGAAGAUUCCGUGCUGACUAUCGGGAUCAACUGAACUGUUAGAGAAAUUUUAAUGAAAAAGGGCAAAAUCUGCUCGAUGAUAUAAAUAAUAUCAAAUUUAUCAGUUUUCGUCUUGGACGAAAUCUGUUGCAGGUUUUUUUUUCGGUCAACCAAUCCAGGCAAGGCAACAUCAAACUUUUGGUUUAUAGGUUCUUUUCUGCAGCUAGAGUUGAUAAAAAUGCACGCUCUCCUAGCGUUGUAAUUUGCAUUAAUGAAUUAAUCGAUGUUGGCAAUCAAUGACUGCAAAGUCUAAUUUUCUACCAAUCCAUCGACUUAAUUGAAUUAUUGCACUUCGAAUGGAUGGAAAUAGUUUUUGACAACCCCUGAUUUUUUAAUGAGGUGAGUAGGAAAACUGAUUACAACAAAUCAGCAGUAGUUUAAUUUUCAGCGAUAAUCAUGAGCUUCUAAAAACAGCAAGUUAAGUUUCGCUAGAAUGGCCUCGCACAAUGUGAACAACCCUCAAAAUGGAAGAAUUCAAUAUAUCCAAAAUCAUGGAACCAGAUUUAUCAGACCGUCCGGGCCUGUUAUACGUGGUGCUGUUUCCACGCCGACUGUCAAUCCGCAAGAUUUAGCCACAAAAUGUCAGAACUUUUUGGAUACUCUGGUCCAGCUCGCUGACGACAAAGGUCCUGAGGUAGGCACCCGGGUUAGAAAUCUGGUUAACCAGCUGAUCAAAGAUGAACUGCAGCCCGAUAAGUUUGGGGCACUAAUAAGUUCUACAGUCAUUGGUUCAAGACCACAACCAGGUCUCGUACCUUUUCUACAAAAAAGUUUGCCUUGUUUGCGCAAGUUCCCGCGUCCUGUCAAUGGAUCCACUCGGGUAAAUGCUCCACAUCCCUCUGGUUCUAACAGAAAUGAUCUGAUGUCAAAUUUACCAAGCGGUUACUCUGGGCCGUUGCCGGGCGACGGUGUACGCACAUUGCAAACCAGCCAGACCUCAACGUCCGCCUCCAACUCAAACUUCAUGUUGCCACAAACAAUCAAAGUGAGUAAUUCAACUACGUCGCAAGCUAUAUCAUCAGGCCAUUCUAAUCUCCAACUGAAUGUGCAAUCCAGACUAAGUCAACAUGACUCUCCAUCGCCGGGGCCAGGUUUCUACCGGAGUCCUGCCCCCAAUGGCCAGCAUGCAUCACCCGUUAUUUUGCCUCCGCCUGCUAAUUGUGAUUUGAGAAGACACGUGCAGCAGAAAAUUAUAUCAGUACCCAGAAAUCAAAGCCCGCGACCUCCUAAUGUAAAUAAUCACAAUGUAGUUGCAAGGGAAGACGAUGGAAUUGUCGAAGAUAUCAACGACGUCACCUCACAGACAGGCAUAAAUUUGAAUGAAGAAGCAAAUUUUCUGACAGAAGACAACCUCGUUCCGUUGAAUCAGCUUCCUAGAGCACCUUCUAGACCCUGUUUUAUCACAUCGACUAGCGCCUUAUCAUCGAAAAUUAGAAACAUGGCCUCCAACUACCAAUUCGAAGAGCCGGUUUCGCCUAAAGUUGCGGAUUUGAUCGCACUGUCGUGUCAACGAUACCUCAAAACUCUGGUGGAAAAACUUGGAACAGCAGCUCAGCAUCGCAGUGAAGUUCUACGACAGGAGUCUAGGUAUGAAGUUGGCAAUGACGUGAAAAAACAACUGAAGUUUUUCCAGGAAAUCGAAAUAGCAGAAUUACAAAAAAAGAAAGAAGCUGAGAGGGAAAAUCUUGUCAAAACGGCUAAAAGUCGUUCCAAGAAUGAAGAUCCGGACGAACAGCAGAAAGCUAAAAGAAAAGUGAGAGAAAUGGAAAUGGCGAGUACGGAAAAGUUGACAGCGUCACAAACAAAUGCCGCCGCGAUUCACGCCUUAGAUGAUGUUGGAGUUCCGCCGCGUAAGCGAAUGGCACUCGAUAACCAAGAACAACCGAGUUCUUUACGUGAUCAUAGAAAUCCAACUAACAGGGGUAUGAACUCCUCUUGGACCCCGAGAAGGGUUGUGAACCUGAAGGACGCGUUGGUUGUAUUCGAACAGGAAAAAACAAUACGAAGCUCUCUUUUGUAUGAGGCGUUUAUGAAGUUAUAAUUUUUGAUACUGUAUUCCUAGUAAUUCACUAACGUUAUAAGUGGCAAUAAUCUUCUAGAAUUGUUGAUUGCACCAAAUUUCGAAUACUGCAAACUGGAAACUUGUCAAAUAGCUAAAAGGCUAAAAAAAAAUAGUUCCACUUAAGGUAUGAAGAAUUUGUAAAUUAUACUUCAAAUGAAAUUUUCAAAAUCUAUUCUUUUUGUUUUGCU